AUGUUUAUUUCUGAUAAUCAAGGCAUUACACCACUUUUGUAUAGUUAUAAAGGUCGAAGGAUCCCUCUUUAUUUAUGUUUUUUAUUAGUAUUUGUAGUUUCAUGGCCAUUUUCAUCCUUUACAUUGAUAUCUCCGUUUUUACUGAGCAACAAAACUGAGAUAUUCCCAUUUUAUAUUGUUAUUUGCAUUGUUGAGGCAAUUGUAUAUAUUUUAAGUGGAUACUUUUCAGAUAAUAAAGGGAGAAGUCGCAUACUUUUAUUAGCUUUCAGAAUAUUUAUGUAUGGUAUUGCUAUUAUUAUCAUUACUACACUGAUCCAUGGACUAACUUCACUACAUUAUAUUAGAUUUGAAGUAGAGGAAUAUAAAUCACAUUACUCACUUGCGAAUUCAACUGUAUUUAGGACAUAUCAGAGAUCAUAUAAUGGUAUACUAGAUGGUAUAUCAGGAAAUAAACAUAAUCUUUUGACUUUUGAUGAAACACUACUAUAUAAAGAAAAUAACAUAAAGUAUAGUGAUAAUCUAUCUGGUAGAUCUAUAAAUGGUACUUAUAUUACAAAAGAAAGUCAUGAUAAUAAAGACUCAGAUGAGUAUAGUAGUUUUGAUCAUGAUUCAAUAAAAGAUAACUUACUACUUUGUCCCAAUAUUAUUCUCUCAAUGGUAUUAUUUUUUGGCUUGUGCCUUGUUUAUGGAGGUGCUAGCUCUGCUUAUAUGCUUAUAUUAUUAUAUAUAAUGGAAGUUUCAUGUAAAAGUACUAGCAGAAUGCAAUGGUAUAAAUUUUGUUUUGUUAGUAAUGCUUAUUGGCUAAGUUUAUUAAUAUCACGUAUAAUGUCCAUACUUAUAAUUAAUAUUUUUUUUAAGGAACAACCCGAUUACUUCUUGAGUUUUUGUAUUACGCUUUGUUCAAUUUCAAUACUAUUCCCACUUGUUAUAUAUGCAUUAUACAUGUAUCUAGAAGAACCUUGUUUGUUUAGAUGGAGUAGAAUAGUCUUUUAUACAAAUAUAGAAUAUUUGGAUUUACUUAUAAAACAUAUUAAAUUCCGAGAUAAUUAUAAUAUAUUUACAAUUAUCAUAUCUUGGUGGAUAAUAAUGUUUAUACAGAGGGGAAACAAUUUCUAUGAAUGGAUUCAUUUAAGUGAAAACUUAACAGUAGACUUAAUUUGGUGGAAUAGUUUAUGUUUAACUUAUGAAAGCAUCUUGGGUUUUUUGAUUUCUCUAACAAUUCCUAUUCUAGUUCUUCAAUUUCAUCCUAAAUUUAUGCAACUAUAUAGCUUUACAUUCCUAUCUGUAGUUUCCUUUGGUCUUUCUAUAAGUAUAUCAACAGUUCAUCAAAUACCCAUCAAAACUUUUUCAGAUUUUCUGGGAGCAUUUUUUUUAUGUCAUGGAAUCUACUAUUGUUGCACAAUUAUUCCUUCAGUAACAGUGGUUUUAUUAAUUUUUGAUAUUACACAUGUUAGGGUUAGAGGUACUAUUCUGGGUUUUAUGUUUGCAAUUGUUAAUACAGCACCUGUAUUUGAUACUUUGAUUAAUAAACUUGCCUUUGAUAUCUUCUCAGUAAGUUGGAAAUUCCUAUUAGAUACUGUGCUUUUAAUAAUGGCACUUGUAGCUACAAUGGUUCUUAUAUACAAAAUACCUAAUAAAAAUGACAUACGGAAUAUACACCCAAUGUAUACAAAAAAUAAUCAGUCACUACCUAGCAAACCAAAUACAUUUUAA